UGUAACUCUAUCUGUAAGAACGACAGAAACUUCAAAUGCAGUUUUUAUUUUGAUUGAUUAAUGCUAGAGUAACACGAUCCGAGCUGUGGUUUUCUUGGAAGAACGUUUGGUAUAUUUGCAGAACUAUGUCAAGUCAUUCUCUCAUAAAAUUGGCUUAUAAGUUCCUGACACCUGCUUCAGAAUCAGGCGACACACUUCCUCCAAUAAUAUUUCUACAUGGAGUAACAUUGUCCAAGGAGCACUGGUUUGAUAUUCCACAAGUUAUUUGCAAUGAGACGAGACGCAAGGCCUACGUAUUGGACGCCAGAAAUCAUGGUGAUAGCGAAUGGAGUGACGAAUUUAAUUUUGAAAUCAUAGUAGAUGACUUACUACAUUUUAUGGACCAAUUAAAUAUUCCAAAGGCUUUUCUAAUUGGUCACAGUAUGGGAGGUAUAACAGCUUACAAAACUGCUUUAAAGAAGCCUGAUAGAGUCGAGGGUAUCAUUGUGGAAGAUAUGCUGGUAAGGAAGUUGCCUAAGCAUCUUGUUGAAGGACCAGUUGCUUAUAUUAAAGCUGCAAGAAGAGCCAUUGACCUUGUUCCACCUGACUUUGAUGAAAAUGGAGCACACAAAUGUAUUUUUAGUCAAAUUUCCAGGGACAUUCCAUCUGGUUUUGUCAAUGAAGAGCAAAGCCCCUACUUAGAUUUAAAGCGCAGCUCCUAUGGUCGUUGGGCCUUUAAAGGAAACAUGGAGGUCUUACAAAAAGCACUGGAGAAUGAACAGACUCUGAUGGAAGACCCAUCAGGGGAGUUUCGUGGACCUGCGUGCUUUAUUUAUGGUGGAUUUUCGCCAUUUUUAGGGGGCAAGGAUGAAUACCACACUAGACAGUUUUUUCCUAGAGCUGAAUUUGUAACUAUUGAAGAAGCAUACCAUGAUAUUCACAAAGAGCAUCCUCUGAAAUUUACUGAAAUAGUUCUGAAUUUUUUGUUAAAAAUGUAAAUAAAUACAAAUUUUAAAAUAAAAAAUACAUUUACACUUUGUAAAAAAGCAUAUA